CAUACCUAAGUUCUCGUUGUGGUUAACUGGGAGCAGAGUUUACCGAAGGAUUCGUGUGGAAGUAAACCGGCAAGUUAUUGUAAAGGUAAAUUGAAAGAGAAGAAGAUGCGUUUGAAAACAACGUUACCGAAGGAAGCUAAACAUUCUGACCUGGUGAGCUGUGUCGGAUGGACAUCGCCUGAUGAACUGUUCUCAGGUGCAGAUGACCACCUCAUCUUGAAAUGGAACUUGCUGACUGGCCUGGAGACAAGUAAAUUGCUUACUCUCCCGAAUGAGUGCUUCCCAACUGGUAUGCACUUCUUCCCAAAGUCUGGCAGUAGUGGUGGACCAAAGAAAUCUGGGGGGGAUGUGUUUGCCCUCACAUCUACUGAUGGCAAAUUCCACUUGAUCAGUCGCACAGGGCGUGUUGAGAAGAGUGUGGAUGCCCACAAAGGUGCUGUGUUGUCGGGGAAGUGGAGUUAUGAUGGAACAGCCCUUGUCACUGCAGGAGAAGAUGGUCAAGUGAAAAUCUGGUCCCGCAGUGGAAUGCUCCGCUCAACUCUUACACAGAACAGCCUGACUGUGUAUGCAGUGUCUUGGGGACCAGAUUCAGACCAGGUUUUGUUCACCAAUGGCAAGCAGUUAGUCAUCAAAUCUCUUCAGGCCAAUGCUAAACCCAUUAUGUGGAAGGCUCAUGAGGGAGUUGUUUUGGUGGCGGACUGGAAUCCUGUCAAUAAUCUCAUCCUGUCUGGUGCUGAAGACUGCAAGUAUAAGGUGUGGGACACGUAUGGCCGACUGAUGUACAGCAGUUCACCUCACGAGUAUCCCAUUACAUCAGCUUGCUGGACACCGGAUGGGGAGAUGUUUGCUGUUGGAUCCUACAAUACUCUCAGACUCUGUGACAGGAGUGGGUGGUCCUAUGCCCUUGAGAAGCCAAAUACAGGCAGUAUUUUCAACUUGGCAUGGUCAAGUGAUGGCACUCAAGUAGCAGGAGCAUGUGGGAAUGGCCAGGUCAUCAUUGCCAAUGUUAUAGAGAGGAGACUGGAAUGGAAGAACUAUGAAGCAACACUAGUAGCAAGUAAACAGAUUCGAAUACGUAAUGUGAUGAAUGAUGCAGGAGAGAAGCUUGAUUUCCGAGACAGAGUCAUCAAACUGUCCAUGUCAUUUGCACAUCUAGUGGUUGCCACAUCGUCUCAGUGUUACAUUUACAGCACAAGGAACUGGAACACACCAAUGAUAUUUGAUCUGAAGGAAGCUGGUGUUACUCUCAUCAAACAAGCAGAGAAGCAUUUCCUCUUGGUGGAUGGAGGUGGUGUUUAUGUUUAUUCUUAUGAUGGCCGCCUUGUGUGUAGUCCACGUUACCAGGGCAUGAAGGCAGAUAUCCUCAACACACAGACCAUCUCGCUCAGCAAUGACACAGUUGCUAUUCGUGACAAAGCAGAUGAAAAAGUGGUGUAUGUGUUUGAUGCUCAGACUGGGAAGAGUAUGGGAGAUGGCAAGCCUGUUACUCACAAGAUUGAGGUGAUGGAGAUAGCCCUGGACCAGUUCGGCCCUGCUGCAGAGCGGAGACUAGCAAUAAUUGACAAGAAUAGAGACCUAUACCUAACAUCAGUCAGAGUGUUUGGCACAGAUAGAAAAUCCGUUAAACUUGGUACAAUGAUCCAGUCCCUGGCGUGGAAUGACGAUACCAACAUGCUGGCAGCAAUGACAGAUGGCUGUGUCCUGGUCUGGUACUAUCCAAAUGCAGUAUACGUUGACCGAGAUCUCCUGCCCAAAACCCUGCACAGGAAAGAUUCAAGUGAAUUUGGCAAGGCACCACAACUUAUUGAUUUUGUUGGAAAUCACUUAAUCCUGCGUCGAAGUGAGGGCUCUCUGAUCAGCACCACGGUAUCUCCGUACCCUGGAGUCCUCCACAGCUAUGCCAACUCUAGUCGCUGGGGAGACUCCCUCCGGCUGUGUCGCUUUGUUAAGGAAGAUACACUGUGGGCAUGUCUGGCAGCAAUGGCAUCCUAUGCUAAGGAACUCAACACAGCAGAGGUGGCAUAUGCUGCUAUUAAAGAGACGGACAAAGUGCAGUUCAUUAUGAAUAUCAAAGAUAUUCCGGUGAAAGAGGCCCGCAAUGCUGAGAUGGCCUUGUUGUGUGGCAGUCCUCAAGAUGCUGAAGCCAUCCUACUACAGGCCGGACUCACGUUCAGGGCCAUCAUGCUCAACAUUCAGUUGUAUAACUGGGACAGGUCACUAGAGCUUGCUGUGAAGCACAAGACUCAUGUUGAUACUGUGCUAGGUCAUCGUCUCAAGUACCUGGACAGAUUUGACAAGAAAGAGACCAACAAGAGAUUCUUGCAGUACAAGGAAGGCAUUGAAGUUGAUUGGGAGAAGAUUGAGGCCAAGAUAGAAAUGGAAUAUCAGAAGGAGCGCGAGCGUCCAUCAGGAGGAAGUACAUCGGCGUCCAGUACAUCUCACCGAUCCCGCCCAGGGCCAACGCCCUCCACAACGUGAUCUACUGGCCUCACCUCCACAAACAGUAGCCUAUUAGCAGUCAGGAACUACUUAUACAAAUAGCAGAUUUCAUGAGAACGUCAAUGUCAGUAUCAAUGUUUGUUCAUCGAUCAUUAUAAUGGAUCGAUGACACAAGUUUGAGAUGCAUACUCUACAUCGCUUGUCUGAAUGUCAUUUUCAACUUCAAUCUGUAGUUUAGAUUAUGAUUAUGACACAGUGUAUACCCUGCUAUAGUCUGGGUAUCAAGUCAGGCCUACUGAGAUGAAUGAAAGUAACCUUAUUAAAUCACAGUCUCGUUAAUUGACAAAUGACAACAUCAAGAGUACUAUGAUAUCGUAUGGAAUAUGAUAAGAUAUAGAGGUGGUGGUCAAGGACAGAGACGCCUUGCUUGCUUGCCCUAUUAAAGGCUUAAAAAAUAAAAGAAUUCGUUCUCAGGCAAUGGCUUUUGAAAAUAUAUUGCGGGUGGGCGACCACUUUUAUUUUGUGUCCUAACAAGUAUGUAACUAAAUAAACAGUCGGAAAUGACCUCCCUACAUAAAUGUAUUCCUUGAGUAAAAUACUGGAAUACAGUAUUGGACUACCGUUUGACCACCAGUGUGUGCAUAAUACACUCACACAAUGAGCUUCAAUUAUAUUUCUCAACGCAAAGACGUUAUUGUCAGCACAAAGUCUUAAAGUCUUCGGUCUUCCUAUCACUGUAUUGAAAUUUCUUUUCAGUUAUGAUAUUUACCAUGAUAUUAAGUAUAUAUUAAACUAAAUCACCCGUAGAUCUAGGAGAACGUGUCCAGCUGAUUGCUAUUUCAGGCUUAUUUUACAAGACAAAUAUACACAUAAUCUUAAUCUCUGCAUAUGAAACAUUUACCCCAUACAGUAAACAAAUACCAUAUAAUUUGUAAAUCAUCAAGUCUAGUGAUGUUUUUUUGUAAAUUUCAUGUUUUCAUUGACCAAAUUUGCAAACGGCAAAACUAGCACACAAACUCUUAUUUUGCUACCAUGACCAUAACACAAGGUGAGCAGUGAACCAAUGUGCAUGUAAAGGCAAGAAACGGCACGCUACAUUGCAACAUUUCACUGCCGGGGGGCGUGUUUUCGAGACGCAUAUUAUUUAAGGAUUUUUUAGUGUUUUAGAAAAUGGAACCAAAACAUGCGGCAGACUUUGUGAGGAUGCAGCUGUGCCUGCGAAACAAGACUUCUUCUUUUUUUUAGCCUAAACAUACUGUAAACCAGAAUGGACAUGGUAACCAAUAAGAAAGUCUGUGUCUAGCACUAAACAACCUUGUUUAUUGUGAUGUGAUAUGUACCUGACACAAGCAUCAACUCCAGUGCUGGCAUAAGUCCUUAAGCGAAUUUACAUGUGUGCAUGUCUAGAUCCAACAUGGCAGCCAUUGUACCAUUAAAUCAAAUUGUACUACAGGCAUGUCCUGUCAUUAUGUAUGACCUAUACCUAACUGACCUGUAUGGUCUCCGAUCUGUUAGGGUGAAUCAUGUACUAUUCAAAUCCAUCAGUGAAAAGAAACUUACUGUGCAUGUGACCUCAGACUGAGACAACAUUUACAGGUUGUUCUGUACACAUAAACAUUACCGGUAGUCACACUGCCCUGCUUGCAAGUCCGGGUAUCAGCCUUCACCCUGCUACAGGUAAUCACAACUAGGUUAUUGUUAAGUUUAAGUCGUAUGAGCGAUGACAUGUUGUCAUUUAUUGAAAAUUCUUCAUGGGAAAGUCUAGAUGUGACACCUUACAUCUAGGGUAUGUCUAGCUCCUGGACAGGAGUGCUAUAGAUGGUUCAUGACUUGCAAAUCAAUCUCACUCAGCUGAAUGCUAUCAGUGUGCGAGCUUAGCCUCAAUUUUGAAAUUGAUAUCUUUUCCCGUAAAAACCAAGCCUCGUUCUCAAAUGCGACCUACAAACAGUAAAUACAAUUUGCUAGCAGAUGACAUAUUCACUCUCUAGUUUCUGUCAGCUGGAUAAGGGGGGCACGGGUGGCCCAGUCGUCUAAGGCGCUACGAUUCGUUGUGCAGAGUUGCGUCCCUUGGGCAUGCCAGAAACCUAUGAUUGUGGGUUCGAAUCCCGGUUCGCCCCGAUUAUGUUUCUAGGUUUGUCAGCACCAUACCCGUGCUCGUGGGUUUCACCGAAGUGGUAACCGUCUGAGACCUGCAUCACUUCGGGCUUUCCUCCCACAUUAAGCUGACACGCCGCGAUAUAACUGGAAUACUGUUAAAAGCGGCGUUAAACCCAACUCACUCACACACUUUGUCAGCUGGAUAAACAGGUUGCUACUAAAACAACUGUGUUUUUGUACUUUUAUUAGUUUUCCAUGUUACGAAAUAUAUUCACUGAAUAUUCAUGCUUUUCACCUGGGUGAUAAGGUUUAUUCAUUUCAUGAUGGGGACCAUCUUUGAUAAAAUGUUCCCAACUGUAUGCAUACCUGACGGGCUGCAUGGGCUACCAUAAUGAUACGAUGUCUUACAUUUUUUCUCAGGAGGAAUGCCAUCAUUCCAGCUUUUGUUUCUAUUUCCUUUCUGACUUUUUGGAUGGCAUAAAUGCACACACAUUCACAAGAUGCAAAAUUCUGCUGGCGUUUACAAGUUCUACAUAAUAUUAAUGCAUACACAAGCCUUAUUUGUAAAAAUGUACUCUUGAUAUUUUCCACUUGAAAAUUCAUUAGUUUUAGAGGCGUCAGAAUUCCAAUAUGUUCAUACCUUUCUUGACAAAUAUUCAGUGGUGUCAGUUGGAAGUCGCAUCAUGAUAAAUAGUUAGUAAGAAACUGGUAUUCCAAGUGAGUGCCAAGAAAAUAACAGUUGAAACACACAAUUUGGCCAUGAUUGGAUAAAAAUGCAAUAGCCAAGGUAUAAUCCAAAAGCAAUCGUCAAACACAACAGAAACAGUAGAAUACUGCUACAGCAGAUGAUGGGUUUGAGCCAAUCAUUUUACUGGUCACGUGACUAAAAUCUUGACUACUUCCGGUGCUGUGAAGGGUUACUUUUCCUAAUUAAAACUAACAAACCAAUACAUAUUUGAGAUUUAAGUUCUGAUUUAUUUAAGCGCAAAUGUCUGUUCAGUGUGAUAACACUCACAAACUAUGUCCAGACAGCUUAAGACAGAAAGAACCAAAUGUCAAACACCACAACCUGUAAACCAUCAGUUUAGACCCCUGACACACAAAUUAGACCCUCAAUGACAUAUCAGUCAACACAAAUUUAAACAAACGGUGUAAAACUGCCCUAAAGUAACAUAUCUGUCAUUAGGAUGUGAUGCUAUCAGUAAGGUGCCAGAUUUAUUUAUGUAUCUGGCUGCUCUGUGUGGGACUUUUUGGUCACUUCGAGGGGGAAACUGGGGACUGUCUUUUAUCCAAUUAAAAACAUGUUUACAGUUGUAGCUCCUCCUAUUUUAAGUUGGAUAUAUGAAGCUUAGUGAUCAGUGAUUGCAGGAAACAUAGGAAUUGGCCCCUCCUCCCCUUAAGAUAGAUGGAACCCAUAUUUUUGUGAAUGACUUCUACCCUGUGAGAGAAUAUUUUGAGGUCACGUGACUUCAAUAAACAUGUUCUCACAACUUCUACAGUGCAUGGAUGGGUUAUAUUUUGGUAGUAUUUUGAUAAAUUGACAUAUGUGGAAAUGGGAAAUAUAUGAAAACACUACAUGUUCAUAUAGGAUUUGUAAUAAAAGUUUUAUAUGAGGUAGGCCCAGGAUUUUUCACUUCCUGUGACAGGGGUUGUGACGUCACUAUGGGGAUUUUAGCAUUGAAUCUAUUUAUAACCUGUGUGAAAGCGAGGCUUGGUUUUCAUCUACCGGUAUAAGCGGUAACAUAGGCUGAACUCUCACACUGUAUGGUGUUUCUGUGACUGUUUUAUCUUUGUUUGUAUUUAGCAUCUUGACAUGUUCCUUCUUGUACAUAUUGAUUUACCUGUGAUACCAUUUGUGGUACAUUCCAUGUUUCAUGAACAAAGUGUACAAACAACAAUCCGUCCAUGUUGCCUAUUCUAUCAUUUCCUCGACAAGAUUUUUUAAUAAACCAAUUUGAGAACAAAAGC